AAAGAAAUCCUCCACCAACUGUCCUGUCUGUGUUUUUGUUUUCGUGUCCACAUCCAGUACCUUCAACGGUGACGAGCCUGCAGGUGGACAACCUCCACACCACACGCAGCCUGCAGGUGAGCUGGCAGGAGGCACGUGGCGUGGCGGACAGCUACAGUCUCCAGGUUCUGGAUGACAGGGGCGGCCUGGUGGUGAACUCCUCCAAAGCUAAAGGACAUACCCAGCACCGCUUUGAUGGCCUCACUCCGGGAAAGAAGUACCGUGUCCUGGUCCAGACCGUGAGCGGUGGGGUCCACAGCCUGGCGGUCAGCGCCGAGGCUCGCACACGCCCUGCUGCGGUAACAGAUCUAUCCGUCAAGGCCAACACCACCACCACCUUGUCCUUCUGCUGGUCGCCCCCAGAAGGCGAGUUUGAGUACUACGACUUCUUCCUGUACAAAGGUGAUGACACACUGCAGGAGCGGCGCCGCAGCCAGCCCAGCUCCCAGCAGUGCACCUUCCAGGGCCUGCGACCCGGAGCGGCGUACAGGAUGGUGGUAGUAACACGCAGCGGCGAGCAGACCAACGACUCCGCUGUCUCUGCCAGGACAGUUCCAGCUGUAGUGACGUCUCUGAAAGCUCAGAGUGGGAACCGGUCCGACUCCCUCUGGGUGAGCUGGGAUCGGCCCCGCGGCGAGCUGAGCAGGUACUUGCUGUCCCUGUACGACCCCAACGGCUCGCAGCGGGCCGAGGAGCAGCUGGGGUCAGAGGGCACAGAGUACAUCUUCUCUGACUUGGUCCCUGGGCGACUCUACCAGGCCGUAGUCUUAAGCUGCAGUGGAGAUCUGACUAACCGUGCCAGCGCACUGGGCAGGACAGCCCCCAGAUCUCCAACGUCCUUCUUGUUUGGUGGGAUCACCAACACUUCUUUGGAGAUCACCUGGAGUGGGCCCAUUGGCUCGGACUACGAUGACUUUGACCUGCAGUGGACACCUAGAGACCAGCUGUCCAUCUUCAACCCCUACCACACCCGCACCUCUGGCAGCCGCAUCCUGAGGGGGAUGUACCCUGGACGGCUCUACAGCUUCAGCCUGCGCACUGUCAGCGGGGCCACACAACCUGGGGCCACGCCCACCUACAGCCAACCUGUCCACAAGAGCAUUCGCACCAAACCCGAGCCAGUCCAUGGCCUCCACUGCCGCCCGCAGAGCUCCACCUCCAUCUCCUGUUCCUGGGGACCCCCCAAUUCCGACUAUGACUCCUACUCCAUUGAAUGUCUGCACCAGGACUCCCGAACCCUGGUGUACUCCCAACGCACGGGCCGCGACUCCACCGUGUACUUCAUCACCCAGCUGGAGCCCCACAAGUACUACACAGUCUGCGUCAAGGUCAUUUCAGACAGCAUGACCAGCGAGGCGGCACGGGACAGCGUGGUCACCAUGAUCGAUCGUCCACCAGUACCUCCCAUCAGCAUGCGGGUCAACCAAAAGAUGACUCUUGUCACCAGGUCCUCCAUCUUCUUCACUUUCAACUGCAGCUGGUUCAGCGACGUCAACGGAGCCAUCAAGUUCUUCACUGUGGUGGUGACUGAGUCUGAAGACACUGAGAACGUCCAGCCCAUGCAGCAGCACCCUCUGCCCUCCUACCUGGACUACAAGUCAAACAUCUCCAUUAAGUCCUAUCAGACCAGCUACUUCCCCAGUCGGUGCACCGAGGGCCCAGACAGCAGCUCGCUGACCUUUGACAUCACGGUGGGGACAGGCAUGGACAGCCUUGGAGGGACCUGUGACCACAAAGACAAAGAUCUGGGUUCAGAGAGCACGACGGACCUCCAGUUCUUCUGUGACGGGCCGCUUAAACCAAAAACUGCUUAUAGGCUCAGCGUUCGAGCUUUCACACAGCUCUUUGAUGAGGACAAAGAUGGCGGCGGCGCCUUGCCUCUAUACGCCGACACGUACUUGUCCCUCCCCGUGGUGACCAACGCUGACCCUCUGAGUGGUGUGAUCGAGGGCAUCAGCGCCGGCAUGUUCCUCAUCGCCAUGAUGGUGGCGGUCACGGUCCUGCUCGUCUGCAGACAGAAGACUCGUCGAGGUCCACUCCCCGUAGGACAACACACCAGACGCUUUAUUCACUCCAUAGACAGAUGGAUUGGGCCUGCGUCUGAUAUCCUGCAGUUACUGUACCAGACCAUUGUGAUGAACAAAGAGCUGAGCCAGAAGGCGAGACUCUUCGUUUAG